AUGGACCUAGGUCCUAAAAGUAUCGCAUUUGAUUGUAAAGGCGAAGGGCCAUACGUUAGAGUAUCUGAUGGUCGGAUACUUAAAUGGCAUGGACCAAAACUUAGUUGGAAAGAGUUUGCUAUUCCUUUAUCAGUUAGGAGAAGAGAGUUGUGCGAUGGGUCUACAAAUCCUAUCAUCGUACCAAUAUGUGGAAGGCCACUGGCCUUAAAAUUUGACCAAGUAACUUGUGAUCACUAUAUCGGUGAUGCUUAUUUUGGUCUUUUCAUGAUUGGACCUAAUGGUGGCAUAGCACAAACUCUUGUUAGCUCAGUUGAAAGAAUCUCGUUUAAGCUUAUAAAUGGGUUAGAUAUUGAUAGUAGUACAGGAGUUAUCUAUUUUACAGAUAGUAGUACUACUUUUCAGAGAAGGUAUGUAGAUUUUUUGUCCAGAUCAACUGAUAAUAGCGGAAGAAGAAUAUUGAAGUUCAAUCUUGGAACAAAUAAUUUUGAGCUCAAAGUGUUUGCUAAGCUACCUAGAGUUCCUGAUAAUAUUAAGAUGAAUCAUAAAGGAGAGUUCUGGGUAGCUUUAAACGCAGGAAGGCUUGGAAAGAUCGAUGAUGAUGUUCCGGAUCCCGUAGGAAUUAAGUACAAUCAAGAAGGAAGAAUUUUAAAACAACUGGACGGAAAUGGUGAAGAUGUAUUUAGUUCUAUUAGUGAGAUUAAUGAGGUUGCUAUUUUUAUUCUUGAAGCAAGGUUCCAAAAUCUUAGGUUGAUAUUUUAA